AUCAACGACCUUCCUGGAGAUCCCCGUGAACGGCACGACUCUGGGAAGGAAGUCUCUAUAUCUGAGCUACAGGUGCUAGGUGUUCUGUAUCGCCAAAUCCCAGUCGACUCCUCUGGCAGUUGGCAAGGCCAAAUUGAUGCUUUAGCCGAAGAACGUACCUACAAGAAUCGCGACACGAUUGGUAUCGAAAGCUUCAGCAGUGUUGAUGCCAUGAAGGCCCAAUUAGAGGUUUUUUUCCGCGAGCACAUGCAUGAGGACGAGGAAAUUAGGUACACCCUCAAGGGUACUGGGUUCUAUGAUAUCAGAGAUUAUGACACCGACAAAUGGAUUCGCCUGGAAGUGCAUGCUGGAGAUUUAAUCAUUUUGCCUGCCGGGAUCUAUCAUCGCUUCACGAUUGGGCUGGAGAACGACUACUCCACUAUGCGCCUUUUUAAGGAUAACCCCAAAUGGAUUGCACACAGUCGCAGUGCUGAGACGGAUUCCAACACCUACAGACUGGCAUACAUUCAGGCCGUCGAAGCGGCAAAAGCACAGCUAUGA